UUCGUGAAGACCCUGACGGGUAAGACCAUUACCCUUGAGGUCGAGUCCUCCGACACGAUCGACAAUGUCAAGUCCAAGAUCCAGGACAAGGAGGGCAUCCCCCCCGACCAGCAGCGCUUGAUCUUCGCUGGCAAGCAGCUCGAGGACGGCCGCACCCUCUCCGACUACAACAUCCAGAAGGAGUCCACCCUCCACUUGGUCCUCCGCCUCCGCGGUGGUAUCAUUGAGCCCUCCCUGAAGGCUCUUGCCUCCAAGUUCAACUGCGACAAGAUGAUCUGCCGCAAGUGCUACGCCCGUCUUCCCCCCCGUGCGACCAACUGCCGUAAGCGCAAGUGUGGUCACACCAACCAGCUCCGCCCCAAGAAGAAGCUCAAAUAG